CAGCAGCGUCCUCCCAGUCGAUGGUUGGCAGUCCUAAGCUAGUGUUAGCAUUGAUGUAGUGAAGUACGUAUUAUUUUUCUCUUCUUUCCAACAAGGCGGCCUGAGUGUCGUGAUGAAGACCAGGUGACAGGUGAUGCCAGUGUUUGGUGCUCCAGCUGACAACACUUUAAUUUUUCGAUUACCGCUGGACCAUUUGCAGGGCACCAAAGCUCAUGAUGGUUUGCCAGGGUAAUGCACACAACGCUGCUCUGAUUCCAGCUUAUGCGACUGAACUGUUCUUCCAUAUGUGAAAAUAUACCAGAGUGAUAUAUUGGAAAAACAAAUGUGGUGCAGAAAGACUACUAGGUUAACUGACAUGAAAUUCUGAAAAAGAGGGAACAAAGGUACGUACAUGUUGAGACGCCUAUGUCACAAGUAUCUCAGGAAAUGAUGGAAGAGAGCAAGGGUGUCAGGAUUGGUGACAGCCCAAACUGUUACUGUCCUCCACAGCUCUGUGUGUGGCAGUUAUCAUGCCGCCACUGCCACUUCAACUGCCGCUGUGGCACAUGUCAUUGCUACCACUACCAAUAUCAGCGCCGCAACCACAACCACCACUACCAACAUCAAUAGCAACAACAAUAAUAACAGCAUCCACUUUCAUCCAAACGAGCUAAGGUAUGUGAAGCAAGGAGCAGCUGGAAGAGAGGAAAACCUUCACUCGUGAAAUAGAGGUAAGUGUUCGUAUUGACAACACAGGAGUGAUGAACACGAGUGAGGCUCUACAGUCCACUCGCCGAGAAUAUGAACAAUUCCUGUGGUUAUGAUAUCUAAGCUGGACGGAGCUCGCUGCAGUGGAGACGUUAACGGGAUUAUUGUAUAACUUUGUUUAACAUCUCGCCUUGCCCCAUCGUGGCAGUGUAAGAUUUUAGGAGCAUGGAGGUGAUGGGUUGCUUCAAGAUUCCGCAACUUUCUGUGGCUUUGAUUUGCAGAAAGACAAUGGAUGUUACAUUCAGACAUGAACAUCAGUCCUCAAUAAAGUGUUCGUUAAGAAGCUAACUGCCACUGUAACUCUGACUGAAAAGCAAGAGCCAGGAAUUAAUUAAGCUCUGAAAUCCCAUUAAAUUAAUUUGAUUGAACUUCAUGUGAUCCCUCGAAUUACCUGCAAGACUUGUCUAAUCUUUCCCUUUGACUCACUAAAAGCAAUGUUUGUAAGUCUGCAGUGACAUCAUGUUGCAUUGAUAUUAUCUAAUCUGAGGGAAGGAAAACAGGAAUUCAGAAUAUUGACGAUUUAAGACUUGUGAGAUGAAGACACGCACGUAUCAAUAAACAAAGAAAAAAUAACAAUCAUCCGUGAAAACUAAACACAAUCUACGUUACGCAAUCAGCAAGACGUAGCAAUCCUGUGAAGAUGACCUCGUCGACUUCAGCAGACCCCUCCUCCUUCGCGGACAUGCCGAUGGUGAACGCAUCUGAUGACUAUCUUCUGGAGGCGUCAUUUAACGAUAGCGUGAAUGGCACCUGCGAUGUCUGCUCCUACAUUGAGAGCAAGCUAGGCAAGCCGAGACUGAGGUACCCCAUCUUGCUGCCCAUGACGGCUAUGUACUGCGUCAUCGCGGUGGGCGGGGCGAUAGGCAACGUUCUCACCUGCCUCGUGGUGGCCAAGAACCGCACCAUGAGGACCUCCACCAACUAUUACCUCGUCAAUCUCGCAGUCGCCGAUCUCCUCACUCUGUUCUUAGCAGCCCUGCCGAUGGAGGUGUACUCGAUGUGGGUCCAGUACCCCUGGCCGUGGGGCGAGGCAGCCUGUCGUCUGCGUGCCAUGAUGCCAGAAUUGGUAGCGCACGUAUCAGUGCUGACCAUCCUGGCGGUGUCUGGUGAGCGGUACGUGGCCAUCACCAACCCUGUCUAUGCCCGCACCACCCACACUCUGGCCCGCACGGCUAGAGUAGUGCCUGUCAUCUGGCUUCUGUCCCUUGUGGCUGCCGUGCCCUGGGGAUACUACUACCAGGUCAACCAGCUACAAGAUCAAGCAGGUGUUGAUUUGCCUCAGAGUUCCUGGUGUUCCAUUCCUUACCAAGACAAAGAGAGCCGGUGGUCCUGGCUCAUCUGGCUAUCAUCUGUAGGCGCGUUCAUACUGCCCAUGACCAUUCUCAUUUUCCUCUACUGCAGAAUUGGCAUGGUGCUUUCCAUGGACCCUCCUGCCCGCACGCCGACGGCGGGCAAUGGUGCAAUCCACACUCGGAGAAUGGGCAUCAGAAUGCUUGUAGCAGUUGUGGUGGCGUUCUUCUUGUGCUGGGCACCGUUCCACGCCCAGCGUCUCAUGUUUGCCAUUGUCACCAGCAAAGACCAGUGGACAGACACCCUCUUCUCCGUACACACAAAGCUGUUCUGUUUCACAGGAGCCUGCUAUUACCUAAACUCUGCUGUCAACCCGCUACUGUACUCCGUCAUGUCUGUCCGCUUCCGCAAUGCUCUGCGCCGAUCGUUGUGCGGCGGGAGGGAUUGGGCGCGCCGCCAGCAGCUGUACUUCUCCAACACCACCCACGGCCAUCUGCAACUCUCUAACAACUCCAAUAUUCUUCUAAGAACCCGAGAGUUCUCUCUUACCUCUUCAAGAAGAUUCCAUGAAACUUCGAAUAGGAACGGUGUACAUUAUGGUUUCGAGCACAUGGACAUGGAAGCCUGAUAUCCGGCAGACGCUCUAGAAGCGUCGCCUCCGAGGAUAAAAGAGUUUUGUGCCUGUGUCGCCGCUAACGGUAAACCGCGGAGGUAUAAUUCUGUCGUGGUUAGUAAGUAUGCUGACAGUGUAGUAUAAAAAAAAGAACAAUAA